AUGGCAUCGGCAACUGGAAUACCUGCGAACGGAGCUGCGACGCGUGGACAGAGUGAAGAUGAACCGCUUCUGGGACAUAGAGGUGACGCGAGUCAGCCAGAUGGACAACCACUGUACCAAAACUUGUGGUUAGGCACUGCCGCUAUCGCGCAGGGAGGUAUCUGGGUUCUCGCCGCCAUCAUUUGGGGAGCUAUCCUUUCUCAGAGGCUUAUCUUCUUCUCCGCCCAUCCUCUCCUGAACUCGGCAGGCUUUCUACUUGCCAUCCAAGCCGCCCUCGUCCUUCAGCCAACCCACACCCCUGAGCAGAAGCGCUCUGGCACAGUCGCCCACCUUCUCUUCCACGUCUUCGGCACGUCUGCUCUGACCGCUGGCCUCGUCAUCAUCGAGUAUAACAAAGCUGGCCCUGGCCAUGAGCACUUCAAGUCCCCGCACGCGAUCUUGGGACUCGCGUUCUACGUCUUGGUGUACAUUCAGUCCAUUGUUGGAUUCACACAAUACUACAUUCCGAGUCUGUACGGCGGCGUAGACAAGGCGAAGAGCAUCUACAAGUACCACAGAGUGAGCGGCUACGUGAUUGCGACACUGGGUCUUGCGACUAUCUGCGCGGCUUCGUGGACGACGUACAGCCUGAAUGUGGCACAUAUUCAGCACUGGGCUGUCAUUUUCGCCAGUGUCCUCGUCUUGGCUGGCACUGUGCCGCGGAUUAGGUUGAGUAAGUUUGGGCUGAAGAAGGAUGAGGGUCAGAUCAGACUACAGUCCUAG